GGUGAGGAGGGCAGAGAGACACCAAAGCAACCCCCACCCUCCGCCCGCCCGCCCCCCUCCCUCCCUCCCCGUCACACACACAGCCGGCAGCCGCCGCCUAUUCUUUUCUGUGUGUGUGCUUACACGGUUACCGAAAGCACUUUAUAACGUAAGAAAAGAGUGGGAGGGGAGAAAGGAAAAAAAAUCAGUGAGGGGGUUGUUUUUUUUUGUCUGUCUCUCUCUAUUUCUCUCUCGCCCCUUGGGCCGACCACGGGGGCGGGGGGGUAGGAGCGGCGGGCCGGGCCGGAGCGGAGCGAAGCGAGCGGCGGGCGGCACGGAUGCUGGAAGCGGCGGCUGGCGCUCGGAGGGGGCCGAGUCCGGGUCGCUGAGUUGUCUAUGUUCAAGAGGCCUCAUUCAUGCCGAUGCAGCAAGAAUUAAGACAACGUGAACCCAGAUAGUUAGACGGCUAACCACACAGUAGGAUGCCGUCAACCAGUCGAGCUGGAAGUCUAAAGGACCCAGAAAUAGCAGAACUAUUCUACAGAGAAGAUCCUGAAAAGUUGUUUGUGGAUUUGCGAGAAAUUGGCCAUGGCAGCUUUGGAGCAGUUUAUUUUGCACGAGAUGUUCGCACUAAUGAAGUGGUGGCUAUCAAGAAAAUGUCCUAUAGUGGAAAACAAUCCAAUGAGAAAUGGCAAGAUAUUAUCAAAGAAGUCAAGUUCCUACAGAAGUUAAGACAUCCAAAUAGUAUUGAAUACAAAGGUUGCUAUCUGCGAGAGCAUACAGCAUGGUUGGUCAUGGAGUAUUGUUUAGGAUCCGCUUCAGAUCUUCUAGAAGUUCAUAAGAAACCACUUCAGGAAAUUGAGAUUGCAGCCAUUACACAUGGAGCUUUGCUGGGAUUAGCCUAUUUGCAUUCCCAUAACAUGAUUCACAGGGACAUAAAGGCAGGUAAUAUCCUCCUGACAGAGCCAGGCCAAGUUAAACUAGCUGAUUUUGGAUCUGCUUCCAUAGUUUCUCCUGCCAAUUCAUUUGUGGGAACACCAUACUGGAUGGCUCCUGAAGUAAUUCUUGCCAUGGAUGAAGGACAGUAUGAUGGCAAAGUAGAUGUUUGGUCCUUGGGAAUUACAUGCAUUGAAUUAGCGGAGCGAAAGCCUCCUUUGUUUAAUAUGAAUGCAAUGAGUGCCUUAUACCACAUAGCGCAGAAUGAGUCACCUGCUCUUCAGUCUAAUGAAUGGUCUGACUAUUUUCGCAACUUUGUAGACUCCUGCCUCCAGAAAAUUCCUCAAGACAGACCCACCUCGGAGGAACUUCUGAAACAUACUUUCGUUGUUAGAGAGCGCCCUGAAACAGUGUUAAUAGAUUUGAUACAGAGGACGAAAGAUGCUGUCAGAGAACUUGAUAAUCUCCAGUAUAGAAAGAUGAAGAAAAUCCUUUUUCAGGAAGCACAUAAUGGGCCUGCAGUUGAGGCCCAAGAGGAAGAAGAGGAACCUGAGCACAGUGUUGGUAGAACGGGCACUGUUAACAGCGUGGGCAGUAAUCAAUCUAUACCAAGCAUGUCUAUCAGUGCUAGUAGCCAAAGCAGCAGUGUCAAUAGUCUUCCAGACGCCUCUGAUGAUAAUAGCGAGAUUGCCAUGAUGCAGGAGGGAGAUCAUACGGUGAUGUCAAACAGCUCUGUUAUCCACCUAAAGCCAGAUCACGAUCACUAUGGCGAAGAGGUUGAACACAGACCAAGGUGCUCAGAACCACAGUCACCACCCCCGGUUUCACGGCACAAAUCACAUUACCGGAAUCGAGAGCAUUUUGCCACAAUUCGUACAGCUUCCUUGGUCACAAGGCAAAUUCAAGAGCAUGAACAAGAUUCUGAGCUUCGAGAGCAGAUGUCUGGCUAUAAGCGCAUGCGACGCCAGCAUCAGAAACAGCUAAUGGCACUGGAAAACAAACUGAAAGCAGAGAUGGAUGAACAUCGACUACGACUUGAUAAGGAGCUAGAAACCCAGCGCAACAGUUUUGCUGCAGAGAUGGAGAAACUCAUCAAGAAACAUCUGGGUAUUAUGGAAAAGGAGACCAAAGCAGUUUCUACUGAGGAAAAGAAAUUUCAACAGCACAUACAGGCACAGCAGAAGAAGGAAUUGAGCAGCUUCCUGGAAUCCCAAAAGAGAGAGUAUAAACUACGUAAAGAACAAUUAAAAGAGGAAUUGAGUGAAAAUCAGAGUACUCCAAAGAAGGAAAAACAAGAAUGGUUGUCAAAGCAGAAGGAAAAUUUCCAGCAUUUUCAGGCUGAAGAAGAAGCUAAUUUACUGCGGCGCCAGCGCCAAUACCUAGAACUGGAAUGUCGACGUUUCAAGCGGAGAAUGUUGCUUUCGCGUCAUAACCUUGAACAGGAUCUAGUACGAGAGGAGCUGAACAAAAAGCAAACACAAAAAGAUCUGGAACAUGCAAUGUUGCUGCGCCAUCACGAAUCCAUGCAGGAGCUGGAAUUCCGCCACCUCAAUACCAUACAGCGUAUGCGCAGUGAGCUCAUUAGACUGCAGCACCAAACUGAGCUCACAAAUCAACUGGAGUACAACAAACGUCGAGAGCGGGAGCUGCGGCGUAAACAUGGAAUGGAAGUGCGGCAGCAGCCUAAGAGUCUGAAGUCAAAAGAGUUGCAAAUCAAGAAGCAAUUCCAGGACACGUGCAAGAUCCAGACACGGCAGUACAAGGCACUUCGCAACCACCUGUUGGAAACUACCCCUAAGAGUGAACACAAAGCUGUGCUGAAGCGACUGAAGGAUGAGCAGACAAGGAAACUAGCCAUACUUGCAGAACAGUAUGAUCACAGUAUAAAUGAAAUGCUGUCAACACAAGCUUUACGUCUAGAUGAAGCUCAGGAGGCUGAAUGUCAGGUGCUGAAAAUGCAAUUGCAACAAGAACUUGAGCUGCUUAAUGCAUACCAGAGCAAAAUAAAAAUGCAGACUGAGGCGCAGCAUGAGCGUGAACGCAAGGAAUUGGAGCAGAGGGUCUCACUACGCAGAGCCCUACUAGAGCAAAAGAUUGAAGAGGAGAUGCUGGCACUGCAGAAUGAACGCACUGAGAGAAUACGAAGCUUACUGGAACGUCAAGCACGAGAAAUAGAGGCUUUUGACUCUGAGAGCAUGAGACUUGGCUUCAGCAACAUGGUCCUUUCUAAUCUGUCUCCAGAGGCUUUUAGCCAUAGUUACCCUGGAGCCACCAGUUGGUCUCAUCACCCUUCUGGAGGAGCUGGACAUCACUGGGGUCACCCCAUGGGUGGCCACCAUCCAGCCUGGGGUCACCCGAUGUCAGGUGGAUCCCAACCAUGGGGACAUCCUGCUGGCCCAGUUGUUGCUGUACCCAGAGGAGGUGGUAUGGGGGUCCGCAACAGUCCCCAGGCUCUCAGGCGGACGGCUUCCGGGGGCAGAUCUGAGCAAGGCAUGAGCAGGAGCACAAGUGUCACAUCGCAAAUUUCAAAUGGUUCACACAUGUCUUACACAUAAUUUUAAUUGGCUGGGGAACAGAUGUGUUACUGCUGUCAUGCCUCCAUGCUCUGCAGAAACCGCCCAUUUGCAUCAUUUUGAAAGCCUUCUAUUGGUACUGCGGUUGCAAUGCAGAGUGCAGGCAUGUUUGUUUCGCCUUUCAGGAAAAACAGGUUUUUUGUGUUAAUACAGAAUUUUUUCAUUUGUCAACAUUUCAUACUGUAUCUGUUUGAUCAGUCCUUGAAAAAUGUGAACAAAGGCCAAAAGAAAAUCCUUGCUGAGCCUGGUUCUCUCCAGCUGGUGGCAGUGUGGCACGGUGACAUCCCUUUUCAUGUCCUUCAUAGCAUACUUCCAAAUUGUGGCUUUAGUUGAAGCAUUAGUAAUUUUACUUUUUAAAACAAAAAAUACUUUUGAUUGCCAUUAGUUUCUGCUGGCCGUUAUACCAUAUACUUUUCAAGGGCUGAACCAGUAAUCUCACCAGCUGCUAACCAACGUUAUAUUUGUUUGCCUGAGGCAUUUAUCUGCUGAAAUAGGUAUAUAUGGGGGGGGAUAAAAAACAAGAGGUUUAGAUUCUCUUCCAUGAGCAGAAAAUGAAUAUAGUGAACAGACUGGAAGUUGGGCUGUGUUUGAAAACGGGACCGUAUUAUAGUCUGGUACAGCAUUUGGUAUUUAUCAACAGCCUCGAACCUGCAAUUGUUUAGUGAACACAGGUCAGUUACUCAUCUGGCAUUAACCCUUUGCUACAUUAUCUGUGAAAUAUUUAGCCACUAACAUGUCCAAAAUAUGGACACUAGUUAAUAGGAGGAAUAUUAAUUUUAACUAAUGCAUAACAGUGAUGCCAUAAGUAAAUCGCCAAAUAAUAGAUUAAAGGAAAAACUGCCUUCUGCUAAAUAUUUUGAUUUUCCCCGCUCCAUAAUUUUCAGAUUUAUUCAUUAAGUGCAGCGUACUUUUUUUUGGUGAGCCUUCACAUGUCCCACUGAGCAUGUUAUGUGGCUCAAAAAUGGUGAUGCUGCAGAACAGUAAACAUGCUCCAAAUUUAAGGUAUUUACAAGCUACCAUAGAAAAUGGUUUUAAACUCUACAUAUGAGAAUUAACAACACAUUACCAUUACUGAAGCCCAUAUGUAUUGUUCUUAAAACAGUUUCGAUACAGAACACUAUUUUUAAAUUAUACAGAUAGUAUAAUUUUAUUUUUAAUAAAUAAAAAUUAGAGUGUUUUUGUAAUAGGCUGUUGUACAAUGUGAUCUGACCUUGGGCACAUGUCAGAAAGGAAGUCGCAUUGUGCAGGUCUAUAAGUUGUACAAUAAUCUAUUGCCACUAUGCUGUGAACAUUAUCGUCCCUUCAGAAAAUACACUGCAGUAAGUAAAAUGCUUCCCUAAAAUUCAGGUUACAUCAGAAAAGUUUUUUUUUUAAUUGAAGAAUGUAUGUAUCUGUAAAUAUGUAGUAAAUUGGAAUUGCUGAGCUGCUGGCCUAGUUCCUGACUUUUUUUUAUACUGAAUUUAGGUUCUUUCAACAACAACAACAAGAACUUAGUGCCAUUAUUAGCACCAGUGAGCAUGCCUAUGACUUUUUAGCAUUCUAUGUAUCACUAUUACUACUCUGUAGUAUAAUGUAACAAGUCUUAAUGUGUUAAACAGACAAGAAAAUACAUCUGAAAGCUAUGCUUGCUUCGCAUCCUUCCAGUGCUGACUGACUGGGCAGUAGAAAUUUCCAUGUAUAUACUGCAUUCCAUAUAAAAAUUACAUUUGGUAUAAAGUUAUGUUGAAGUGACAUUAAAUCUUGCCAAUAACCUACUUUUUACUUCAUGUUGCAUUGUGUAACUUGUCACAGAAUAAUUUUAGUUGUCAUUACUUUGCCAAAAUCAGUAAUGUGAAUAGGAAGGCAGCUUGGUUAAAUGUUUCUGUAUGUUUAACUUCAGUGUUACUUGGGCAAAAUUUGAAUUAUUCCCCUCAUCACCCUAUGUGAUUGAUUGGUUUUAGUUUGGUAUUUUAAUACUGGAUUCCUGCCCUAUAGAUUGAUGUUGGCACCCUUCUCUAAGAAAUUGCAAAUUAUACUUAUUACAAGAGUAAGACUAAAUGCUGAGAAUAGAGCAUGUUUCUACUUUUGAGAGAUGACAGUGUUCACACAGACUAUUUGUACAGGGUGCUUGAAUGACUUUUUUUUAACAUCAAAUUUAGCUUUCAGCAAAAAAAAAAUGAAUUUAGUGCCAUUAUUAGCACCAAGGUGCUUAAAUGAUUUUGCAAGUGGAAACUCUGGUUUUAAAAUUAUGGCUAUAGUCAAUACUGCUUAAAGGCAAUUCAUAAGAGCUCAUCCAGUAUUUUAUACUUUAAUAUUCAAGGACAGCUUGGUGCGAUAACUCAUUCACCAUUUUCAUGUAUCCUUAUUAUAUUAGCACAGGCGAUGAGAUAAUGGGAUGUACUGACCCUUGUAUUUAUAUAUCCAUUGGAGGACAGUAGUGAUUAAGAUUUUGAGGAACAUCCUCUAUUCUGUGAUUAGCUACACUGUGAAAGAAUUGCAAAGUCCAUUCAGACUUCCAUGGCUCAAAAUCAGAAUUUGCUACGCUGUCACAGGCUAUUGGCUUUUAGCUUAUUUUACAGCCAUGGAAAUAUUGAUGUUUCUUAAACAUGGGGAAUGUUUAUUUGUAAAUUGAAUUUAAGAUUAGAGUUUAGUUGCAAUUAAACUACCACAGUAAAAUACAUUUUUAACUAUAGUGUUGGUUUAGUAUUUGUUACAAAAGUCUUUUAAUUUAUCAUUCACCUCCAUUAUUUUAAGUAAACAUGUCCCUUUUAAAAACAAAAAGUGAUCUAUUUGUAGUUACUUUUAUUUAUAGGUCUAUAAUUGUAAUUUUUGGUCUUGACACAUCAUUUGGGAAUCUUGCCUGUUGUGCAAAGUUGAAUGUGAUCUUUUCAAUGCCUUUUACCAGUGCUCUGUGACCAGCUUCUAGAAGGCUUAUGAGAGUGUGCCAGAACGAUUCUCUUCCCAUUAGCUGCCCUUUCUUCCCUAAGCAAGAAAUACUUUGCUCCCACUUAAUUCUCUACCUGAUUGCAGCAUGUUGAAAUAUUGCACAUUAUCAUGCUAUCAAUGGAUGCAAUUUUUAUGCAGAUUAAACAGAAAAACGGAGAGUCAUAUUUCCAUAUUUUUUCCAUUUUACUCACUGAUAUGCUACCUCUGCCCAGUAGACGAAUUAGAAAUUUAAAUUGAGCAAAAAUGCAGUUAAAUAUAAUUGUAGUGGGAUUGUUAAAAAAAAUCAUCAUGCACAGUGACUGAAAAUCUUUCAUGUCCCUCACAGACUUUUCUAAUUCAUUUUUAAAAAUGACCCAAGUAAAAGACUUCAACACUGAGAAUAAUGAUGAAUAUCGGCAUUGAUGCACAUCAUAUUCUUUCACUGGAUUCUAUUUGCUGCUCUGGAUCCUUGUAGUUUCAUACACUAAAACUUAAUAAUUACAAAACUGAUCUAAUCAACUUGCGAGCAUUUGCUCACACUCGCUCUCGCUCUCUCUCGCACACACGUGUAUAGGCCUUGAGGUCUAAACUUGGCCAGGCAUAUGCCAACUUUCUUUGUUACACAGUCAGACCCACUUAUUGUGUAAAGUGCUUUCAAGAAUCUGUGUGAUCUACUUUUAUCUCCCUGACUUUGCUUUGGAACAUAAAAUUGUAGAACAGUGUGAUGUAAUGGUUAAUGUCAAUGUGUGAUAGAGAUAUACAUAGGUUUGCAAAGAAGAAAAUGUCACCCCUUUCAUGUGGAAGUUAAGAUGAAUAUGCUGUAAUCCAUUUUUCCAUUUGGUAAGUUUUUUAAACAAAAGACUGACUGCUUAACUCUAAUUUUAAGUUAAAAAUGAAAAUUCUCACUGGAAACCUGGUUUUCAGGUAACUUCUGCAUUGGUAACAGGUUACAAAAAUACUGAAUUCCUUUCUAAUGAAUUAUGUGAAUCGUAUAGUUAAAAAAAACUGCACUGAACUAGACACUUCAUUUCAAAAUAGAAAUCGCCCAAGGUAGCUCUCCAAAAUAUUGACUGCAUGUUUUAAGUAGAAGCUAGGUGGUAGUGCAAAAUUCUAUGACAAAACCAAGAAUGGAAAGAAAGCAGCUUAACAAAAUAGUCACGCCAUGGAUGUUAUUUGUUUUGAGAAGCAAGAAUAGAAGUGUGCCAAGUGUUGCUUUUUGUAAUUGACAGUAAUGGCAGGGUUUUUGAAGAAAUGGUAGAAGUACAAAUUAAGAAUGUUACAAUGUGGCAUUGUAACAUUGCAUUUUAUACAGUGACUUCACAAUCUUAAUUACCUGCAAUUUAUUUUUACUGCAGUGUUUGUGAUUGCCUUUGUUAGUUUUCAUACAAGAUGUUGGCUGGGAACAUUAGGCCUUAAAUGAUUCUUAAACAUAGGAUCACAGCAAGGCUAUGAUUGGCUCAAUGGAUUAAUCUUCUCCAGUAGAAAUUGCUGACUUAGAUACAGGCACGUCUUGGUUUUGGCAAAUUUCUCUGGUUAUAGGUGCAAACGUCUAGCAUACAUUUACACAAAGUAGAAAAAUGUACCUCAUAAUAUGUAUGAUUAAUUAAUAUCUACCACUUAUAAAUAACAAAGGAAGUAAAACACAAUGAUCAAAAUAUUUUCAGCAUUCAUUGUCUAUUUCAUCAUUAAAACAUAAAAUGCUUACAUUCACUAUCUGAGUGAAUAUUGUGAUCAAGCUCAAUAGCAGUGUGUAUUUUUUUUAAAUUUACAAAUCAUAAUUGCAGUUAACCACAUGGAUUCCGAAUUGGCUGUAUGUGGCUUUGGAUAAUGUAUUUGACAAAAUGGUUAUAAGAUCAUUUACCUGCAUUUCUAGCUGAGGACAAUUUGAAAAUGAAGUCAUGAAUGAAAAAAUAAAUAAGCAGGGGAGAUAAAUAAAAAUGAGCAUCUACCUGUAAGAUCUGUCCAUCUGUAAAAGUCAGACCUAAAUUCCAAAUUUCUUAGCUCUGCCCAUCCAGAACCAUUGUAAAGUUUUCCGGACUGCUGCCAAUAAGCUUUUUCCUUGAGCUUCGGUUUGCCCCUUGUCUUGAUGCACUGUUAGAGGAAUAUCAAUAAUUGUCCAAUAUUACUGCCCACCAGUCAGGACAGAAGGAAAGGGAGCUCACCAAGAACAACCUAGUGCUAAAAUCUGUGGAAUAUUCAACUGUAGGUUAUUAUGGUAUAGUAGUGAUCUGUUAACGUGUAGUACUGAGCUUUACCCGCCGUUGAGGUAGGGAAUGACUACAUGCUGUUUGGUAAGCUAAUCUAAUGUCCUUAGUUAUAUAAAAUCCUUUUUCUCUUGCUAUAGUUGUUGCUGGCUCUGAACAAAAAUGAAAAAUCACAGCUCUUACCGGGGGUUCUAAAUAAAUUAGCGCAAUUCCAGUUUUUAAAAAUAUACUAUAGACUGCAUAUAAUGAAAGAUGGCCUAAUGACUUGACAUCUUGUAAAUGCAUAAUUUUAUUAACAAUUUCUUUGCAGUAAGAUAUUUAUAUGGUGUAAAGGGUUAAAGAAAACCACUAAACCCACACAGUACUUGAAAAGGAUAUUUGUACUAAAAUGUUCAUUACUAACAAUGCUACUAUCAGAAUCCCUUUUGUUUUAGUAUGCAACAAAAAUAGUUUAAUGUGCAUUAGUAAUGGAUGAGGGACUGUGAGAAAUGUUAAUAUUGUACAUUUUAAAUAGCUUGCAGAAAUUGUGACAAAAACUUGAGAUUUCUAACAUAAACAUUAAAAAUGUUUUAACACUAGUCCCAUGGGGUGAAGACAACACAUCAUGAAUGUAUAACCUAAUCUAACCUAGAGCAACUGGCUGGUUUUAAAAAAUCAGCAUGUUUGAGCUUCUUCAACUUUUAUCCUUACAUUUCUAUUCUAUUUUGUUGUUUUUCUCUGCCUAAUUCUGAAUCUUAUUUGCACACAUGGUAGAAAAUUCUGAAUUUUAAAUUUUAACAACCAAAUCUGCUUUAAUCAAUUUUUUAGCAAUGUUAUUCGAGUUGUUCAUAGCUGGUUACCAAUAAGUUCCUUCACUUAUUGGUAUUUCUUUUAAAAAUUGUACAGUAAAAAUGUCAGUAUUCUGGUAACUUCUGGUUCAACAUACAUUAGCUCAUAUAACCUGUAUUAAUUGUAUAGAUUGUGAAGUUAAGCUGUUACCAAGUGUCAGAAAAAGAGAAUAGGGUCAUAUGUAAUAUUUUGUUUGUAAUUAUCCUUUGUAUCGUUACAAAGGAGAUGUUAAAAUCAACUGUAAUAAAG